GUUUAGCCGUUUAGCGGUUUAGCCACAUCACGCAAACCUAAAAACCUCAACUAAACCCAUUGAUAUGCUCCAAUCUUUUCGAACUCCUAAUCCCAUUUCAUCAGUCAUCACUAAUGGAGUCCUUCACCGGAGCUCCUGCACUUCCAACCUGUAAUAAUUCCGUCGACCCAAUCACCGAACAAAUCAAACAAACACUUCUUAAGAAAGGAGUAUUUCCAACCCCUAAAAUUAUUCACACUCUCCGCAAAAAACAGCUCCAAAAAUCUCUCCGCAAAUCCAAUCGCAUAGCCUCUAAAUCCCCGCAUGAACCCCUCACACAAUCCCAGAAAGAAACUCUAUCCCAUGAAUCUCACUUUUGGAAGAUAUCUCAGGAAUACAAACAAUUCAAUAAAGCCGUUGAUUCAAAAUCCAAGGGUUCAAAUUUGGUGGGAAAGCCAUGGGAAUCUCAGGAGAGAGAAAAAUUGAGGGAAUUGGCAACUGGGUAUGAAGGAAAACAAUCUAAUUUUGGCGGGAAGUUGAAAUAUGAGCAUUUGAAAGAACUGGGUUUGAUUUUUGAACAGAGAAAAGUUGAGGAUUUGUUUUCAUUUUUGGAUGAUGAUAUUGAAUUGGAAGAAGGUGUGUUACAAGAUGAAUAUGCAAAUGGCUCUAUUUUUCGGCGUCGUCGAAUUAAUGAAGCUGAGGGUAUUAGAAUCCUUGUUCACAGGCUUAGUGCUCGUGAGAUUACAAUGAAGGAUUGGAAGUUUACUAGGAUGAUGAAACAGUCACAGCUGCAGUUUACUGAAGAUCAGUUGCUUAAAAUUCUUGGAGGACUUGGUGAUCAGGGUUGUUGGAGGCAGGCUAUAGAAGUUGUGAAUUGGGUGUAUAGCAGAAAAGAACAUAGACAUUAUAAAAGCAGGUUUGUAUAUACAAAGCUUCUUGCGGUUCUUGGAAAGGCUAGAAGACCCCAUGAUGCUCUCCGAAUAUUCAAGCAAAUGCGUGGGGAUUGUCACAUCUAUCCUGACAUGGCUGCGUACCAUAGUAUUGCUGUUACUCUUGGUCAAGCUGGAAUGGUGAGGGAGUUGAUAAGCACUAUUGAGCAAAUGAAGGAAAAGCCUCCAAAAAAUGUCGAGAAUAUGCGUUCAAAGAGCUGGGAUCCCACCCUUCAACCGGAUGUAGUAGUUUAUAAUUCUGUAUUGAAUGCUUGUGUCCCAACUCAUCACUGGAAGGGGGUAUCAUGGGUCUUUGAGCAAUUGAGGAAAUCUGGUCUAAAAGCUAAUAGCGCUACAUAUGGACUUGCUAUGGAGGUGAUGCUAAACUCUUCAAAGUAUGACCUAGUUCACGAGCUAUUUCAGAAAGUUGCUAAAAGUAGCAAGUCUCCCAACGCUCUUACAUACAAAGUUCUUGUCAGAACAUUCUGGAAGGAAGGUAAAGUUCAUGAAGCUGUGCGUAUAGUCAGGGAGAUGGAACAGAGGGGAAUUAAGGGAUCACCCAGUGUGUACUGUGAACUAGCAUGUUGCCUUUGCAACAAAGGAAGGUGGCAAGACGCAAUGAUGGAGAUUGAGAAGUUAAAAAAAUUGCGACUUUCCAAACCAUUGGCUGUGACCUUCACUCGCAUGAUCAUGUCUUCUAUGGAUGGUGGACAUAUUGAUGAUUGUAUAUCAAUUUUUGAGCGCAUGCUAGAUCAUUGUCCUCCAAACAUUGGAACAAUAAAUGCCAUGCUAAAGCUUUAUGGGCGUAAUGAUAUGUUCUUAGAGGUGAAGGAGUUGUUCGAGAAAGUCAAAGGGGGAUAUAGAGCUUUUGUGGGUGAUGGUGACACUCCUCUAAUCCCAGAUCUCUAUACAUAUGGAGCAGUGCUUCAAGCAUCAGCUUAUGCAUACCAAUGGGAGUACUUUGAGUAUGCGUACAAGGAUAUGUGUUUUUCAGGAUUCCAGCUUGAUCAGGAAAAACACGCAGCUUUGCUUGUGGAGGCAUCAAAAGCGAGCAAGUGGCAUUUAUUGGAGCAUGCCUUUGAAACAACUUUGGAGGCUGGAGAUAUUCCACAUCCACUGCUAUUCUCUGAAAUGGUCUGCCAGGCGAUGUUCCGAGAUGAUUACGAAAAGGCUGCUAAAAUUGUUAACUCAAUGGCUCAUGCUCCGUUUCAAUUGAAUGAGAAAGACUGGACUGGUCUUUUUGAGAAGAAUAAGGAUAGAAUCAGUGAUGAACACCUUAAGAAAUUAUCUACUACUAUUUGUGAAAGUGACAUGCCAGAUGAAUCCACAUCCUCUGAACUGCUUAAAGCAUUACAGAAUAUCAAUGAAAGGAAUGUUUUCUAUAUUGCUGGAGAUAAUAAAGAAUUGCUAAGUGAUGAUGACUUUGAGCAAAAUAAAUUAUCUGUUGGUAGAUCUUGCGAUGAAAAGCGAAAGUUUGAUUUUGAUGAAGAUGACAGAGCCAGCUCGUGCAGCAAAUCAUCUAGCUUUAUUGACGUGGUUUCUGAUGAAUCUGCUUGUUUGGGCGAGGAAUUUUUACAUGCGCAUUCUCAAGGUGAAGAUACUUUCGAUGAAAUACUACAAUCCGAUGCUUCGGAUUCUGAUAUUAGUGAUUCAGAUGAGCCAGAGUUACCCUCAGCAGAUGAAAUAUUGCAAUCUUGGAAGAAAAUCAGGAGAAAGGAUGGACAUGCUUUCUAGUUUAAGUUGGUUAUUCUCUAGUAUCACUCUGUUUACUUUUUGGUGUAUGAUGUGCGUUGGAUGUACUAGAAUUAAUUAACCAAUAGGUCAUCUUGAUGUUCGUCAAUCAAGCUUGAGUUGACCAGAACAAAAAUGAGAAAUGAUAUCUCCAUAUAGGAAUAUAUUUUCCAGUAUCAUACUAUGAUUGAGUAGAAGUUAUUGGAUACAUCAUAUGCACAAAUCUAAAAUGUGCUCAUGGUUUCAAAAUAUAUAAAAUGUAGCCAUAUAAAAUCUUAUUUGAUUCA